UUUGGUAUUGCGGUGGUGAUCACCAACCAGGUCGUGGCGCAGGUUGAUGGUGGUCCAUCUGCCAUGUUCAAUCCAGACCCCAAAAAGCCAAUUGGUGGCAACAUCAUUGCGCACGCCAGUACUACUCGCAUCAGCCUGAAGAAGGGCCGCGGAGAGACCAGAAUCGCAAAGAUCUACGACAGCCCAUGUUUACCAGAGAGCGACUGCUUGUUUGCCAUCAACGAGGACGGCAUCGGUGAUCCUAGCCCGAAGGAUAUGGAGAAGAUGAAUCAGUAGUUUUCAGCGGGGAUGGCGACAGCGAAUCAACACGAGAUUCAUACAACAAUCUAGGGACGCAAGGGGUUGCUGAUUUGACGGUAUAAGGAUAAUGUGUGUUUUUAAUGGACAUAGCGCGUUUUUAUUGUUAGCAUGGGAGGGCA